CGCCUAAGCCAGUGCGCAGGCGUACCCCAGCCAGCGGUGGAAGCAGCGUCGCUGGAAAGAGGGGAGACAAUUACCUUCAUCAUGGAGACUUUAUACGGAGUUCCCUUUGCUGUGCUCGAAUGCCCGAAUAUAAAACUGAAGAAACCUUCAUGGCUGCACAUGCCGUCGGCCAUGACCGUGUACGCGGUCGUCAUUGUGUCCUACUUUCUCAUCACAGGAGGUAUCAUCUAUGACGUCAUCGUAGAGCCUCCAAGUGUGGGUUCAAUGACGGAUGAGCAUGGACACCAGCGGCCAGUUGCAUUUUUGGCGUACAGAGUUAACGGGCAGUACAUCAUGGAAGGACUGGCCUCCAGUUUCCUCUUCACCAUGGGGGGCCUGGGCUUUAUAAUCCUGGACCGCUCCAACGCACCCAACAUUCCCAAGCUGAACCGCUUCCUGCUGCUUUUUAUCGGCUUCGUCAGCGUCCUCCUCAGCUUCUUCAUGGCCAGAGUCUUCAUGCGCAUGAAACUGCCAGGGUACCUCAUGGGCUAAGGACGCUGACAACGGAAAUGUACCAAACACAAUCAGUCAUAGAUGAAGGUGACAACCAAAUCUUAACCAGUUGAGACUGAAAGCACUGACUUUGCUCAAGAAACCAGACCAACUUCUCCUCUCCCUAAAUAAUAUUUUGGAAAAAAAAAACAACCAACAGAGCCACCGGCAGACCUCUAUUAUUAGGCUUUGUGUAAAUGUUACUGGCUAAUCACAGUUUUCUCCUAAAACCUGCCAUGAACAGAGAAUACGGGGGGUGGGAGAUGUUUUGGUGUCGCUGGGGGUAAAAAAAAAAAAAAACUAGAAAGGAAGCUGAGCGCUGAUGGGAUGCAGCCAGGGGUUUAGAUGCAGAAUUCGAACUGUGUGCUUUAUUUUGCUGAGUGUCUGAAAGUGUUUGUCAGUUUUUGUAUCAAAACAAUUGAACAAGACCAUGAAACUGGAAAGGUUUUGUUUUUGUAUAAGGUUAAAUAAAUCAUUUGCACAAA